AUGCUGUUUCCAAGGAGAGGUGGCCAGGGAGGCCGGUGCCUGCUGCUCUCGAUUCUGCUCUUCACAGCCUGGGGGGCUGGCAAUGGCCAGAUCCACAACUCGGUCCCUGAAGAGGCCAAAUAUGGCACCUUCGUGGGCCGCAUCGCUCAGGACCUGGGGCUGGAGCUGGCCGAGUUGGUGCCAUACCUGUUCUGGGUGGCGUCCAAAAGCCACGGGGACUUUCUGGAGGUAAAUCUGCAGAACGGCAUUUUGUUUGUGAAUUCUUGGAUUGACCUGGAGGAGCUAUGCGAACAGAACACGAAAUAUAGUAUUCACCUGGAGGUGCUUGUGGACAGGCCGCUGCAGGUGUUGCAUGUGGAAGUGGAGGUGAAGGAUGUUAAUGAUAAUCCACAGGUCUUUGUUAGAGUGAGAGAACAAAGGUUAUUUAUUCCUGAAUCUAGGCUGCUGGAUUCACGUUUCCUGAUAGAGGGCGCUGCUGAUGCAGACAUUGGUACCAACGCUUUUCUAACAUACACUCUCAGCUCCAGUGAUUAUUUCUCUUUGGAUGUACAGGCAAGUGAUGAACUGAGUAAGUCACUUUCGCCUGAAUUGAAGAAGUCUGUGGGUAGAGAAGAUACACCAGAACUUCAUUUAUUAUUGACAGCCACUGAUGGGGGCAAACCAGAACUAGAAGGUAUAGUUCAGCUGCUGAUCAUGGUGCUCAACGUUAAUGAUAACGCCCCAUGGUUUGCCCAGGCCGUGUACAGAGUACACUUAUUAGAUACGACUAAUGUUCCAGCAACUGGAACAUUAAUGACCACAUUAAACGCCUCUAACGCUGACAAAAGUGUAAAUGGCGAAAUUGUCUCUUUUGGCAAUGAUGUUUCUCUUAACAUAAACAAACAACAAAAACAAAAAUUAAAAAUUGUCAGCUCAGGGGAAAUUAGGCUAAUUGGUAGACUGGAUUAUGAAGAAACGAAGUCCUACGAAAUUCAGGUAAAAACACUUGAUAAAGGAGGUCCUCCAAUGUCAAAUCACUGCAAGGUUUUAGUGAAAGUGUUGGAUGUAAAUGAUAAUGCUCCGGAACUGGUGGUCACAUCCAUUUUGCCUGUAAGAGAGGAGUCUCCACUCAGCACCGUCAUCGCCUUCAUCUCCUUGUCUGACUGUGACUCUGUUGUCAAUGGGUAGGUGACCUGCACCCUGACGCCUCAUGUCCCCUUCAAGCUGCUGUCCACCUUCAAGAAUUACUAUUCGCUGGUGCUGGACAGCGCCCUGGAUCGCGAGAGCCUGGCGAACUAUGAGGUGGUGGUGACCGCGAGGGACGGCUCGCCUUCCCUGUCGGUCACAGCCAGCGUGUCCGUGGAAGCGGACGACGUGAACGACAACGCGCCCGUGUUCGCGCAGCCUGAGUACACGGUGUUGGUGAAGGAGAACAACCCGCCCGGCUGCCACAUUUUCACGGUGUCGGCUUGGGACGCGGACGCGCAGGAGAACGCGCUGGUGUCCUACUCGCUGGUGGAGCGGCGGGUGGGCGAGCGAGCGCUGUCGAGCUACGUGUCGGUGCACGCGGAGAGCGGCAAGGUGUACGCGCUGCAGCCGCUGGACCACGAGGAGCUGGAGCUGCUGCAGUUCCAGGUGAGCGCGCGCGACGCGGGUGUGCCGCCCUUCGUGCUGGAUGAGAACGACAACGCGCCCGCGCUGCUGCUGCCUGGGCUGGGCGGCGGGGCGGGCGCGCUGAGCCAGCUGGUGGCUCGGUCGGUGGGCGCGGGCCACGUGGUGGCGAAGGUGCGCGCGGUGGACGGGGACUCGGGCUACAACGCGUGGCUGUCGUACGAGCUGCAGCCGGCGGUGGGUGGCGCGCGCAGCCCGUUCCGCGUGGGGCUGUACACGGGCGAGAUCAGCACGACGCGCGACCUGGACGAGGCGGACGCGCCGCGCCAGCGCCUGCUGGUGCUGGUGAAGGACCACGGCGAGCCGGCGCUGACGGCCACGGCCACCGUGCUGCUGUCGCUGGAGGACAGCGGCCAGGCGCCCAAGGCCUCUUCGCGGGCGUCGACGGGCGCCGCUGGCGCGGAGGCCGCUCUGGUGGAUGUGAACGUGUACCUGAUCAUCGCCAUCUGCGCGGUGUCCAGCCUGUUGGUGCUCACGCUGCUGCUGUACACGGCGCUGCGGUGCUCGGCGCCGCCCAGCGAGGGCGCGUGCGGGCCCGGGAAGCCCACGCUGGUGUGCUCCAGCGCGGUGGGGAGCUGGUCUUACUCGCAGCAGAGGCGGCAAAGGGUGUUUUCUGGAGAGGGGCCGCCCAAGACCAACCUCAUGGCCUUCAGCCCCGGUCUUUGUCCAGGUCUGAGCACGUCGGGAAGAAAUGAACAUCCAGAAACAAAUUCGAUAAUGUAA